AUGAGUGAAUCUCUCUUACAAGAUGGACUCCUAUUAUUGCUCCAAGCUGCAGAGAAGAUAGAUCGAGAGUCUUCAAAAAGUGCGUAUCACCACUCAGAGCGGUGGGAAGCGCGCAAUGGAUCAAGUAGGCGCCUUUAUGAUGAUGGUGCUACACAUUAUUCAUCGUCAUAUUCAUUUUCGUCUGUACAUAGACGCAAUGCCCCCUCAACGAGAUGUACCCACAAUGAGCUUGAGAAAAGCCGGCGUGCGCAUUUACGAACCUGUAUGGAUGCCCUGAAGGAGCUUUUAAUUUUUGAUAGCGAGGCUCCCAGGAUCACUACUCUAACGGUAUUACGAAAAGCAACUUCUACUAUUCAACAACUACAACAAAGAAAUGAAUACCUUGAGGCUUGUGAAGAUGGCGAGAAGCAUCGAUUUUCACAACUCAUGAAACGACGUCAAGCUUUACGUAAAAAGAUUGAAGCGAAACGUAAUCGCACUCUGAAAAUUCAAAAUUGGCGUGAACGCAACAGGAAUUACUCUGAAUGCUCAGUUCUAACGACCUCUUCCGAGGAUUCUGAGAUGGAUUACGGAUCUCGCCAUAUGCCUUCGAAUAUGUAUAGCAUUUUGCCUCAAUUCUGUGCAAUUGAUAAUCAUCGUUACGCUUCGCCAGUCGUCACAGCUAAGACUGAAAUGCUGAAGGCCAUUUCAGAUUCCGUUGUGGCGUCAGCAACGACGAAGGCAACGACCUAUGCAGUAUACCAUCACAACAAAUCGGAGGAGAAAACGUCAAUUGGCGCCACAGGACUGAGCCCAACAGAUGCCUACGAUGCAAGCAGUUCUGACUCAGGGUUCGAGGAGGUCAUUACAGCGACGAGUGCCUCAGAUGAUCAAUCGGCUCUCAAGAUGGAACCACCAGCAAUUUCCAACACUGAAGAGGUGGUCUACACUGCUGCUGCGAAUGGUGGCAGUGAAUAUUUCAAAGCCUAUUGA